AUGCUACAGCAACAAAAUCAAAUUGCUGAGGGCCUAGCUGAUGAUAAAGACGUGUUGGUUCUCAUAGAAAACAUUAUAAUUCGUGAUACCCAUUCCCAAUUCUUCAAGUCACUUACAGACCGUAAUUACCAACUUACUUUUAAGUAUGCUGACGACUCUACAUUGGAUCUAAAGCAAUUUGGUGAAUAUAGUUACCACCAUGUUAUCAUUUUUGCUCCUACUACAACAGAGUUUGGCGGCUACGUAAACGUAAAGGCUCUGACUGAUUUUGUUGAUAAUGGUGGAAAUGUCCUCGUUGCUGGAGGUCCACAACUUGGAGAAGCUGUCAGAGAUUUUGCCAGUGAAUGUGGCGUCGAAUUCGAUGCACCCAACACAUCCGUUAUUGAUCAUCACAAUUUUGAUGAGAUGGACAAUGGGGACCACACCCUAAUUAUCGCAGACCCAGAAGACGCCAUAAAUGUAUCAGUUAUCACUGGGGGAUUUAAAAACCCAGUUCUUUAUCGUGGUGUGGGAAUCUCCACAGAUCCUACUAACCCACUCCUUAUCAAUAUUUUGCAUGGAUCGGCUAAGUCAUACUCUUAUGACACAAAAAGAAUUGUCUUACAAUACCCCACUACAGUUGGAAAGAACACCCAACUUGUCACGGCCCUGCAGGCGAGGAAUGAUGCUCGUAUUGUCUUCACCGGCUCGAUCGAGAUGUUUUCUGAUACCUUCUAUUCUUCUCCUGUCGUUAACAAAGUUACCAACAGGCGAUUUGAACACUCUAGCAACUCUGAGUUCUGUGAUCACCUCUUGCGAUGGACCUUCAAAGAAUCCGGUGUUCUUCGUGUUGCCAACGUCUCACAUCAUAGAGUUGAUGAGUUGAUAGCCCGUCAUGAAUAUACGAUAACGGACGAAAUAAUUUACAGGAUUGAUAUUGCGGAAAAAGACGAGAAUGGUGUUUGGCAAGACUACGUGGCUGAGGACAUUCAGCUAGAACUAGUCCGAAUUGAUCCAUUCAUUCGUCGGAAUCUCAAGUUCAAAGAUCACGGCUACGAGAUGCGAAUGAAGCUACCCGACGUGUAUGGUGUUUUCAAACUAGUUGUGGAUUAUCAUCGAAUUGGUUAUACCUCAGUUUUUAGUGCCACACAAAUCUCCGUUCGUCCAUUCACUCACACGCAGUAUGAACGCUUCAUCACAUCAGCCUACCCAUACUACGCAAGUGCCAUCUCAAUGAUGUUGGGUGUCUUCUUCUUCUCGUUUGUAUAUCUCUACCUGAGGGAAGGGAAGCCUAAGGCGAAAAUGGACUGA